AUGACGAGAAAGCAAAGUAAAAUUGAUGCAAUUUUUAAGAGAAAAGCUGCUGAUAAUAUUGGAGUUCAAACAAAUCAACCCUCUAAUCUUAUUUUACAAGAAGUUCAAGUAAGUGAACUCUCUAAUCUUACUCAAAAUACACAUGAACAUGAAGCUAAAGUUUCAAGAUUAGAAAAAGAUGUUGAUAUCUCUUUACUAGAAAGGGAUCCAGGAAAGCGACGUCCAAUUUGGCAGUAUAAUGUCAAUGAACGUGACAAGAUUCGUAGAGCAUAUAUAAUAGCUGGGCCAUACCAACCAACAAAUAUUAGCUAUCCAGCUUCUGAGUUAGGAUUUAGUAAUUGGAAGAAAGUAAACAAUGGAGUGAAUUGUGCAUUUGUAUGUCACGAGGGUUCUAUUCCUAAUUCUCCUCAUAAUUUAUGUGUGAAAUCUUGUGAUGAUUUAAUGGCUCAUUCUAAGCAUAUAGACAAAGUUCUUGAUAGGCAUAGUGAUGAAACUAUUGCAAAUAACCGAUUAAGGUUGAAGACAUCUAUUGAUGCUAUUCGAUGGCUUGCAUUUCAAGCAUGUGCAUUUAGAGGCGACGAUGAAAGUCCUGGAUCUUUGAAUAGGGGAAAUUUUAUUAAGUUAAUUAAGCUUUUAGCUUCAUGUAAUCAGAAUGUUAAUAAUGUUGUCCUUGAAAAUGCUCCUGGAAAUGCUCAAUAUAUAUCUCCCGGUGUUCAAAAAGAUAUAUUGCAUAUCUUUGCUAGAAAAGUGCGUGCAACAAUUCGAGAAGAAAUUGGUGAUUCUAAAUUUUGUAUAAUUAUUGAUGAAGCAAGAGAUGAGUCAAAGCGAGAACAAAUGGCUGUGGUUUUGAGAUUUGUAGACAAGCACGGUUGUAUUCAAGAAAGAUUUUUUGAUCUUAUACAUGUUUUUGAUACGUGUUUUUUGACAUUGAAAACAGAAAUUUCAUCAGUUCUUUCUCGUCAUAAUCUUGAUGUUCAAAAUCUUAGGGGAUAA